CAAUCACCGCACCAGCACCACUGCUUGUUUUGGUUUGCGCUUCCUCUCCUCCUCCUCUACCCUGUGUUGCUUCUUCUUCUUCUGUCUCUGUGUGCGGCUGCUUGCAUAGAUCGACAGCGAGGCGAGAGCGAGUGGCUGCUUGCGGCGCACACAGCACAGUGCACGCUCAGCACACGCCAUCUUUUUGCGAGAAAGAAGUGACAGACGCUGUGAGGACACAGAAACUGCCGCCAUGGCGGAGCUUGGCGCAGAUGACUUUGCUGCGCUGCAGACCAUGCUCAUGCAGUGCAAAGAGGAAAAAUACCAUGCCGAGGAGCAGCGGGAUGCAGCCUCGCGUGCUUUGGAGGCAACAAAGAGCGAAGUGGAGAAACUCUCCAAGGACUUGGCAAAGGCGAACAAGGCCAUUGCCAAGUCGAAGAAAGCACGGGAAACCAAGGCCAUGAUCGACCUGCAUCAGGCUGAGAAGGAAGAGCUGGAGCUGCAAAACAAAGGCCUGUUGGAGAACCUGGCAGAGAUUUCUGGGCAGAACGAGGCGCUUCAAGCGGAGGUUGACCGGUUGCGUAAGGGCACAGAUGGCGAUCACCACCACCAGCACCAGCAGGCGGACGGCGCACUGCAGGAGCAGCUCACAGCUGCGCUCAAGCAAGUCGAAGACCUGCGCGCAGACACAGACGCAAAAAUCGCAGACCUUCAGGCGCGCAACACGAUGCUCUCGUCCCAAUUGGCGGAGGCGGAGGCAAAGUACCGCGAACUCCUCGAAAGCAAACUGGCUGUUGGCUCUGGUGAUGGCGGAGACGGACCGCAGGACAAAAGCGCCGAUCAGGACGACAGCAACACAGCGGAUGAUUCGUCCAGUGAUGCCAUUCGCGUCAGGGUGCAGCAGCUGGAACAGGUCAACGCCGAGCUGAAGGGAAUGUGCCAGCGGCAGGAGGACCGUGCAAAGCAGCUGGCAGAGGAGAACAGCGAGCUGCGUGUGUCGUCGCAGCAGCUGCAGCAGCAGCUUGACACCGCCAACGCCGCUGUCGACGACGCGCGACGACAAAUUGACGCGGAUAAGGCCGCCCACGCUGCCGAGCUGGACGAGCUGCAGCAGAAGUACAGGCGAAAGCAGGCGGCGCUGCAGGAAUUGCAGCAAGAGAAGGAGGACAUGUACCAACAGCACACGAAGGAGAUGGAGGCGCUGAAGAAGAAGCACGAGAGCGAAGUGGAAGCGCUGCAGUUGAACGCGGACAACGAAACGCAAUCCAUGAAGAAAAUGAUGCAAGAAAAAGAGGAGGAAGCGGCGUCCAAAUUGGCGGAGGUGCAGUCCGAAUUGGAGCACCUCAAGGAAUCCCUCUCAUCUCACAAGGAUGCUGCUGCGGACUUGGAUGCGCGAGCGCGAGAGUUGGAGGAGACGCGGGCAAAACUUGCGACCGCACGCGAGGAAGCGGCAGCAGCACAGGCCGAGGCGGAGCGGCUGCGAGAGGAAAUCAACGCCGAUGACUCCAAGCAGAAAAUCGAACAGCUCAACAAGGAUGUGGAGAAAUGGAAGGAGCAGGUGGACGAGUUCAGCAAACAGCAGCAGGAGCAGCUUGCAAAGCACACGAGGGAGAUGGAUGCACUGAAGGCGGAACACGAGGAGAAGAUGAAAGCAGUGCAAAAGGAGCGGGACGACGCCCUCCAUGCCAACGACCGUCAAGCACACAAGCACCAGCAGGAAAUUGCGCGGUUGCAAGCGCGCGUGUCCGCUUCGAGCAAAGUGGAGGAAGAGAAGCAAGAAUUGUCUGCACAGCUGAAGGAAGCAGAGGCGAAGGCAGAGGCCCUUGAGGAUGAGAAGCAAUCCCUCAACACCCAGCGCUCGCAGCUCUGCGACCGUGGCCUACGCGUCCUAUUCCUAGCCGUCGCCGCCAUCACACGAACCAAACAGCGCGCGGCUGUGUCAAGGGUUGCGUUGGAGGAGAAAGUUGCUGCAGCGGAGAAGAGGGCCGAUGAAGCCAAAUCCCGCAUUGAGCAGAGCGAGCAGUCCAUUGCCGCCAAGACAAAGAAGGAGGCCGCUUUUAUCAAAGAGCUGCAGAAGCAGCUGAAGCGCGAGCAGCGGCGGGCGGAGAAGGCCGAACGCGAACUCGCAGAGAUCAAGCGGCCAGGCGACAGAUCUGCCUCUCAGAUGGGCUCUCCGUCGGUGUCCCGACGAGGCCAUCAUCGUCGUACUUCGUCGUCAUCAUCGUCACUGAUCAUGCGAGAGGCGCCGUCACUGGAUUCCUUGAAUGCAUCGGACGCGCACUCCGUUCGAUCGGUUGAUUUGCAGAUCAGCGAGAGUGAGCACGCGCAGCUGCUGUCGGAUAUGGUUGCAGUCAAGACCGAGCGGGAGGAGCUCAACGACAAAGUCCGCUAUUUGGAGUCGAAGGUGCGGGACUUGGAGGGCGAGCUGUGCGCAAAAGCCAUGCUCGUGGACCAGGUCAUCCAGACCGGAUCAACAAAUUCAUCGCCGAGCAAAGGCCACAAGAAGACGGGCGAUAAGGCGCAACUACGGGAGAGCAAUGACAAGCUUCGGGUAUUGUUGGAGGAGACGCUACUCAAGAACAUGCAGCUCGAGCAGAUGGUGGAAGCGUUAACGCAGCAGGACAAGCAGUAGGAGGACAACACCUGUAAACUAGCCAACAGAGGGAGAAGAAGAACAAGGGUGUGCAUGCACUCGUGCGGGUGUCUGCGUGUAUGGUGCAAAGCCCUCACACCCAUCGCGCGACAGUGCGACACAUAAAAACAUAUAAGCAUGA